GGUUGAGGAGUGAGCCCCGAAGCCCCAGCCCAUCCAGGCUGCAGCACAGAGCGUGCGCCCGCGGACUCUGCUGGGCGUGGGCUGCAGCACACAGUGCGCCUGGUGGCUCUGCCAGGCGUGGGCUGCUGCUGAGGACACAGGUGGGCAGGCGGGGUUGGCGGCCCAGACCCAGCAGUGCCAAUAGAGGAGACAUGGUGCCCCACGUGCCUGCACACAGCGUGGCUGCAGGGACAGGCUCCGUGAGCUGGCGCCUGGCCUGCGCUUGGCUUCUGAACAAGCCUAUGGGUCCACAGCCCAGCCAUGAGCAGACGCUGGUGGGACGUUCCCGUGCAGACCAGUGCAGCCCCCUUGGCCAAGUGUCUGGUGGGACAGCAACAGCUCUGACCAGCCUCCUCCAACAGCUCCAGACCGUGACCCGUGCAGCCAAAGGGCUCACUGUGCGGAAAAGUGGCGAGGAAGACUCAGCUCCAGUCUGCCUCUGGGCUCAUCCGCGGCCCGGUCGGUCACACGAAGCAGGGAAAGGCCCAGGCCCCGGAGCCCUGGCACCCACAGGCCCACAAGGCACCACAGGGUCACUGAACUGUGGCUCCCUGUUCCAGCAGGGAGGCCGAGGCAGCUGUCGGGGAAAAUGGAAAGAGCCAUCUCACUGGAGAACUCGGCACGGGGGCCUCCAACAGGCGGUAACACCCAAAGCAGCAAGCACCUUCCCUGCCCAGCCCUCACAUCAGGCGUCAGUGAGUCCCAGGGAGGAGGCAGCAGUGGGGGCCGUGGCUGUGGCUGAGCUUGGGGGGCCUAACCAGAAGGGCAGAAAAGACAAGACCACAACAGACAUGCCCAGACGGACAGUGACCUCAGCCCUCGGUGGCAGGGCAGGGCCAGUAAACAGGCUGAGCCAGAGCGAGACUGGCUGGGUGCGGGUCCCCACACGCUGGGUCUGUCUUCCUGUGGGACACAGCAAAAGGGAGAACCAAGCCUGCCCAAAACGUCAGACCCAGCAGUCACCGCUGUCGUUAUUUUGGUAUUUUCCUUAAUCUUUUUCUCUCUCUGCAUCUAAAUUUUGACAAAAUCAGGGUCCCUCCAGGAGCACACUGUGGCCUGGGGUUUGCUCCUCCUCCGGCUGCUCUGCUGCUUCCAGCCGACCUCACUCAUGGGCUCAGGGUACCCAUGUGGGGACCCUGCCAUUGGCUGAGUACGUCUGUUCCACAGGAGGCUGGGAGGCUCAGUGGGCUUACUCAGAGGAAAACCUGAACGAACUCCAUCACCCGCCUCCGUAAACCACAGCUCUGCCUGGCAUCUGGGCCUCCUUUCAGAUCCAGGGUCUAGAAAUUCCUAGAAGGCCUGAUUAUUUCCCAUCCCCGUUGCACAGACUCCUGAUAAACAGAGGAAGAUCCAUUUGGGAAGGGGUGGUGGGAAAAUUAGCUGCGUAUUUUUGGCAUUUAGCAGGGCCCCUUCCUCUGGGAGACAGCAGUCUCUCCUCCAUUCCAGGGGCCUGGGUCUGUCCAGAGUCUGGAACUUGGCCGAGGGCCCGGAACUCUGUGUUGGGGCUUCCAGUCAGAGCGAAGGACUCCUGCUCUCGAACCUACAGCCUUUCUGCCAGCACAAAACGGGGACGCCUUUGGCAGGAUGUCCAUUUUUUUCAGUUGUAGGGAAGCCGCAUCCAUCAGGCAACGCGGGAACUACGUGGGUCAGAUGACUGCGCCUU